CAAUAACCUUUAAAAUAAUAAAAUCAUCUUGAAAAUAAAUUAAUAAAUUCUCUGUCAAAAAUUAAAUUUAAUUCAAAAAAAUGCCAAUUGAAAAAAUUCGUGCACGUCAAAUAUUAGAUUCACAAGGUGAACCAACAAUUGAAGUUGAUUUAAUAACAGAUAUUGGUGUUUUACGUUCAUCAGUAUCAUCAACAUAUAUAUCAGAUACAAAUCAAACUGAAACACAAGAAUUACGUGAUAAUAAUGAAAAUUAUUACAAUGGUAAAUCAGUAUUAAAAGCAAUUGAUAAUAUAAAUAAAAUAAUUGGUCCAGAAUUAGUUAAAAGUCGUCUUGAAGUAUGUCAACAACGUGAAAUUGAUAUGUUAAUGUUACGACUUGAUAAUGAUAAAACAAAGCUUGGAUCAAAUGCAAUAUUAUGUGUAUCAAUAUCAUGCUGUAAAGCUGGUGCAAUAAAAAAAUGUGUACCAUUGUAUAAAUAUAUUGGACAACUUGCUGAUAAUAAUAAUUACAUAAUACCAGUACCAAUAUUUAGUAUAAUAAGCGGUGGUAUAUUAUCAAAUAAUACAUUGUCAUUUAAAGAUUUUAUGAUAAUGCCAAUUGGUGCUAAAACAUUUAAUGAGGCUAUGGAAAUGGGUUGUAAAAUAUAUAAAAUUGUUGAAAAUACAAUUGCUGAAUUACAAGAAAUAAAACCACCAUUAGGUAUAAGUUGUAAUGGUAGUUUUAUGCCAGAUUUAGAAGAUAAUAAUGAAGCAAUUAGUAUUAUAAAUGAUGCUAUUAAAUCAUCUGGUUAUGAUGAUAAAAUUAAAAUAUCAAUUGACAUAUCAGCAAGUGAUUUUACAAAAGAUGGACAAUAUGAUUUAUCAUUUAAAACAGAUGAUUCAGAUCCAGAUGAUUAUAUUGAUUCAGAAACAUUAAUUGAACAGUAUAAUGAAUUGAUAAGUGAAUUUCCAUCAAUUGUAUCAAUUGAGGAUCCAUUUGACAUGGAAGAUUGGGACAGUUGGCCAACACUCAUUGAACAAUCAUCAAUACAAAUUGUUGCUAAUGAAUUAACAUCAAUGAAUUAUGAAAGAAUUGAAGAAACUAUUGAUAGACAAGCAGCUAAUUCAUUAACUAUUAAAUUAUCACAAAUUGGCACAAUAACAGAAAUAAUUGAUUGUUAUAAAUUAGCUAAAAAAAAUGGUUUAUCAAUAAUUGUUUGUGCUGGUUAUGGUGAAACUGAGGAUAAUUUUUUAUCUGAUUUUGUUAUUGGUUUAUCUGCUGGACAAUUUAAAGCUGGAUCACCAUGUAGAGGUGAAAGAAUAUUAAAAUAUAAUCAUAUUAUUAGAAUUGAAGAAGAACUUGGUAAAAAUUGUAUUUAUGCUGGUGAAAUGUAUAGAAAUCCAUCAAAAUUAUAUGAUAAUAUUGAUGAUGAUAAUAAUGAUGAUGAUAAUGACAAUAAAACAAAGAUUAAAAAGAAAAAAAAUAAAAAGAAAAAAAAAUAAUA